ACUCUGGGAGUUGUAGUCCCAGCGAACACAGCCUAGCCGAGUCUCCGGAAGUGGAAGCGGAAGAGGCCGGGCCGAGGCGGCUUUCGGGUAGCGGGACCCCGGACUAGGUUUGGGGCGCCACUCCCGGACCCAGUCAUGAACGGGCCGGCGGAUGGCGAAGUGGACUACAAGAAGAAAUACCGGAACCUGAAGCGGAAGCUCAAAUUCCUCAUCUACGAACACGAGUGCUUCCAGGAGGAACUGAGGAAGGCACAGAGAAAAUUGUUGAAGGUGUCCCGGGACAAGAGUUUCCUCCUAGACCGACUUCUGCAGUACGAGAACGUGGAUGAAGACUCUUCUGACUCAGAUGCCACCGCAUCUUCGGAUAACAGCGAGACCGAGGGGACACCCAAGUUGUCGGACACACCAGCUCCUAAGAGGAAGAGAAGCCCUCCGCUGGGGGGCGCCCCCUCCCCCUCCAGCCUCUCCCUGCCUCCUUCAGCAGGGUUUCCCCUUCAGGCCUCCGGUGCCCCCUCCCCAUACCUGAGCUCGCUGGCUUCCCCCCCCUACCCCCCAUUCCCUUCCGAUUACCUGGCCCUGCAGCUGCCCGAGCCCAGCCCCCUGCGGCCCAAGCGGGAGAAACGGCCCCGCCUGCCCCGGAAACUCAAGAUGGCGGUGGGACCCCCCGACUGCCCGGUGGGAGGGCCGCUGACCUUCCCAGGCCGGGGUUCUGGGGCCGGGGUGGGGGCAGCCCUGGCCCCACUGCCCCCACCCAAGAUGCCCCCUCCUACCAUCCUGAGCGCCGUCCCUCGGCAGAUGUUCAGCGAUGCGGGCAGUGGGGAUGACGCCCUGGACGGGGAUGAUGACCUGGUGAUCGACAUCCCGGAAUGAACCCCCUCUGCCCGACCCCCUGCCCGGCGCCCUCUGGGCCAGCACACACGAGCCCCCAGCUUCCGCAGAGACAUUUAUUGACACCCAGUUGCCAUGCUGCGGCCACUGACACAAUCAGAAAAGGCGUAAACAUGCACGAGUGUCCCCCGGAAGGUGGGCCCCCUCCAGGGAGGGCAGGUGUCCUGCCCUCGCGUCCCAGCCCGACACUGGGGACAGUUAUUGAAAUGAGUGGCCAGGGGCAUCUGCCACCUCUCAGAGAGGCAGAGACCCGGCGGUGGCCCCCCCGCUUAAAUGGGCAGCUGUACAGGGCUAGGUGUUUGUGGUGGUUUUUGUGUUUUUGUGUUUUUGAAAUGAAGAUUCUGUAUUAAAGGAGUGGCUCUUUUUUUUUUUUUUUUUUUUUUUUUUUUUUGGCUUUUUGGCUUUUUGCUCCUUCUCUUUUUGGGGGGGAAAUCCUCUCCUCCGAACCCCCCCUAAUCCGACCUCCUCCCUAUAGGGCAGGGGGCCGGGCAGCCUGGAGAGGCAGGAGGGAGGAGCAGCAGCCAGGCCUUGAGCCAGGGGCACCGCAGGGACCCCCGCUGCAGGUGUGCUCAGGGUGGGCGGUUUGCAUAUUUGCGUGUCCUCAUCGCAGCGAGUCAGGCAGGGUGACGUUUGCAUAUGUGCCUAGAGCUCCCCACAGUCCCUCACAAGAAGACAGACCCACGGUCACGGAGACGCUCACGAAAUAAGACAAGUAGGGUGGGGUGGGGCAGCCACCCCGUGUAAACGUGCAACACAUUCGUGCGAGGGUUGGGUACCGGCCCUGGCCCUCAAGGGCCGUGUGCCAGGCAGCCAGCCUGCUCAGGCUGAGGGCAGGGCGCCGGCCGCCGGGGGCAGCUCGCUGGUCAGGGUGUGCCAGCGCUCCAGGGCUGCGUCCGGCUGCCGCAGACAGUCGCUCCAGUGCUUCCGGGCCUCUCCCCGGGCGCCUGGCCCCAGGGACACGCCACCUGGGGAGCAGUAGAGGUGGCAGGAUCAGGGCCCCAGCUCACUGCCAGUCUGCCCUCCAUCAGCCCCACCCGGCAGGCUCCUCCCUCACCGAUGAAGUCGUUGGAUUUGCCAAUGUCAUAGUCCCAGACUGUGACUUCCAGAGUCUUCGUGGCCAGAGCGGAGAGCUCCAUCUCGUAGAAGAACUCCUGGGACAGGGCAAGCCACACCUUCCGUGAGGCGCGGUCCCCACCCCCAGGCCGCCUCAGUGUCUGGUCUUGGCCCCACUUACCUCAUUAAAUUCCGGGUUGAGCGUCUUCUUCUUCAC